AUGAGAAACAUCCAAAUAUUUCAUGUAAUCGCCUUAACAGCAUUUAUCUUAGUUGAAGUGUCCGGCGAAGUCCUGUUCAAACGAGGAUUUUACAAAGCGCACAAACGGGGUAGCAAAGUGACCAUAAGUGAUGUCGAGUCCAUCGAUAACGUGUACUUUCCAAAUAAAACUUACUUGAAGUUGAAAGCCAAAAUACCUGUUCUGUUUUCCGGUGCUGUACGGAGACUGCCCAAUUUGGAAACUUUAAAAUUAGAUUACUGUGAGAUUGUUGACGUCCAAAUAGGAAGUUUCAGUGAGUUGCCUAGUUUAAAGACAAUUGCUUUGAACGAUAAUGAAAUCGAGGGGAUUAAAAGUGCUGUCUUUAAUCGUCUUACCAUCACUAACUUGUAUCUACAAAGAAAUAGAAUCUCGUUUAUAGAGACAGAAGCUUUUGAUAACCUACCGAAUUUGAAUAGAAUCAAGCUAAACUCUAAUUUAAUUAGUUUUUGGGACAAUAACUGGUUUAAAAAUACACCACAGUUGACAGAGUUGUUCAUUAGAAGAAAUUCUAUACGAUCUUUACCCAGUCAUGCCUUCAAAAAUCUUCAGAAUGGAAAAAUUAUCAUCUACCUUAGCAGAAAUCUUAUAACAGCUCUAUCACCUGACAUAUUCACGGAUUUAAAGCACUGUAGCCAAAUUUGGCUAGACAGAAACGAGAUACGAGACAUACAGCCAAACACCUUCUUCCAAAUGGAAUCCCUUGAGGUAUUAUUUUUAUCCAGUAAUUUCUUAGGCAGUGUACCAAAAGAUCUUCUUAAAAAUUUAAAGAAUGAUUUAAUAACGCUGGAUUUGGCUCAUAACAAUAAUCUGACGUGUGUUGACUAUGAAAUUGUUAGAAGGGUGAAGUUGACCAAUUUGUUAAAAAUUAAUAAGUUAGAUUGUGACUGUAUUAAAACUUUGAAAAAUAAACUUGUUAGUGCAAACAAAAGUUAUGAAAUAAAUUCUGAUUGUUAUACUUUUAUUUAUUUUGUCUACGUGUGUGAGAUAAGAACUUUUCAUACCAGUCAUGUUAUGUUUCUUCUGCCUACAGGAUAUCGUUAUUAG